AGUACAGUGAGUCAGUUGAUUAGUUGUCUACAAAAUAAUAUUCUCCAACUUGUUCUCUCUCUCUCUUUCUCUUUCUCUUUCUCUUUCUCUUUCUCACCAAAAACCCUAUCAUCAUCAUAAUCGUCGUCAUAACAUGGGUGAUGUUCUAAGCCCUUUCACAGUUUCAUCCCCUCCUCCACCCUCUUCCGACAGCAACAACAACAAUAACAACAGCAUGCCGAUGUUGUACUACGGUCUUGUGGUGGUGGGAACCGCCGCCAUAGUACUGGCCAUAUACAACCUCUUCCUCCUGAAACGCAGCCACGCGCGGUCGCCGACGAGUCCCAAUGGCGCGGGAACAACAACAAUCGAAGAGGUUUCGGAGAUAACGAGGAGGUUGGAGAACGAACAGAGACAGUUGCUUUCGAGCUUCAAGUACAAGAAAGAAAAAGAAGAGUUGGAAGAUUUUGAGUGCCCCGUUUGCUUAUCGGUUUACGAAGAAGGAGAAGAAGUGAGGAAGCUUCCACAGUGCAAACACUAUUUCCACGUUCUUUGCAUAGACAUGUGGCUCUAUUCUCACUUCGAUUGCCCCAUUUGUAGAACACCCGUUCUCCUCGCCCACCACCACCUCUCUCCGGUCGAUGCCUUCAUUGAAUCCGGUGCCAUCUCAUAGUUUCUCCGAUCACAACAAAAUUAUUACAUAAAUUUUUCCUCGCUUCAUUUUUCACCUCAGAACAAAAUUUUACUAAAUAUAUAUAUCAUGUCAUGUCAAAAUUAAUUACGACUUUCAUGGUUUAAUAAUUUAUUGUGGGUGGGUCCUUUUUUUUCCCUUUGGUAGGACACUCAAGUGAGUGAGUGAGUGAGUGAACUACAACUUGAAGGGUCAUUGGUCCUUCCGAGCAGUUCCCAGGACCAAAUUUUUACUCUAUUUUCAUUUCUUUCACAUUCAAUAUGUGUAAAGCAUUUUCCAGAGAUUAAUACUAUAUUUUUUAUACACUUUACCCUCUA